AUGUCUACCAGUAGCUGGACUACAGAAAGCGUAUCGGAAAGUGAUGGCUUGUUCUUUACCUCGCUUAAUUCUCUUGCGCCCAUUACGAUCGUGAUGCUACACGUCUUGUUGAGCUCUCAUCUUGAAUGGCAACAUUGUUGGCCCAAGCUUUCCGAAUACCAUCUUCUCAUACCCGAUUUACCGGAGCACUCGCGCUCACGUCAUGUUAAACCUUUCUCAUUCGUCUUAGCUGCUGAUCUCGUGGCCCAAAUAAUCCGGGAACAUGCUCACGACGGACGGGCACAUCUCGUUGGAUUGUCAACGGGUGGAUUUAUAGCAAUGGAAAUAAUAAAACGACAUCCAGAUGUUGUUAUGAGUGCCUUCUUGUCAGGCGCUACUCCAGUCAACGAUUUAUGGAAGAGCCUAAACUCCCAGCCGAAGCUUGUACAUAUGGGGCUAUCGGUUCUACUAUAUAGCCCGAGAAGCUGGUUGUUCAAAGCAACAGGAUGGGCCCCGGAGUAUCAAAAUGAAGACCUUGUGAAAGAAAUUAAGCGAAAUAAUAAAUCACAAUUGUUCGAAGCAGGGACUCGUGAUACGGGUAAUUGGAGCAGAGAUGACAUGGUAGAGGUUGGAAAGAAAGAUAAAAGGAUCGCCCUGGUCGCCGGAGGCAAGCAGGAUAAUGUCGAGGGUAUGCGAGAAAUGGGUCAGUUAUUGGAGUCAUUGGGCACAAACGAAGGCAGGGGGUCCCGCGCGUUUGUAGUAAGAGAAGCUAUUCACGCGUGGAAUUUGCAGGAUCCUGUUCUGUUCGCUAAAGGGAUACGAGCGUGGGUUGAAAAGACCCCAUUACCAUCGGUGUUUGAGCUACUCGAGCCACAAGUCACCAUGAUAGAGACGAAAUAA